CGAACGUCCGAACCCCACCGUGGAAAUUUCAUUUCCCCCUCCACUUCACCGAACCAUUUCAUCCAUCUUUCCUUCUUUUUUCCUUCUUCUUAUUCUUCUUCUUCAACAUCAUCAUCAUUCCUCUUCAACCUCCUUCCCUCCACCAUCUCCACCAUCUCCACCAUCUCUCCCUCUAUCUCUGGCCUUUUCGAUCUUGCUCUGCGCGUGGGUGUAGGGGAUCAUGCCCCUGCCAUGGAAGAAGUCGAGGGUCACCCGCAUCUCCCGCCUCGUCGCCGACCUCCAGUCCUCCCCGCGCCGCGGCGGCUCCCUCGUCGUCGAGACCGGCUUCCCCACCUCCCUCAUCGACCUCUUCGUCAAGAACCGCGACCGCCUCCGCAAGCCCUCCCGCCGGAAGGCGGCGGCGGCGGAGGAUGAGGAGGAGGAGGAGGAGGAGCCGCCCGAGCUCCAGAUCUCCGACCCCGUCCUCACCUCCCCCUUGCCCGCCCACCUGGUCGUCCGCGGCCCCGACCCCCUCCACGAUCCCCCGCCCCCCGCGGCUCCGGCGGCUCCCCCGGCGGCGGUGGCGGCGGGGAGCCGCGCGGUCGAUGACGGUGCGGACGGGGACUGUGUCGGCGGCGGGUCAGGUAAGAGCAACAGUGUUUUCUCGGCGGUCUUCAAGGUCUUUGUUGUGGUGGUGCUGGCGCUGAGCACCAAGGGGCUCGUGAUCGGCGUCAUGAUGAGCGCUUUCUUGCUUCUGUUUCUUGAGUUCGUGGGCAAGCGCGUCGUUGGUUUCUUGAGACCCUGUCCCGAUGCGCGGAUGGGUUUCGAGGGCUCGAUCGGAAGAGCUUCCGCGAUCUUGUCAUCUGUUUGGCCCCAAAGGGGCUUGUUGGUUCGACCGGCGGUCACCAAUUCUGAUCCUGCGGAGCCGAGUCGAGAUGCCGGCGGAGGACCGGGCACCCGGGUGGUGGAGUAUAAGUUUGAGAGGGUAGCGGUGCCUGUUGAGAACGAUUCGAGUUUCGUGCCGGACGGCGAUGAACGGCUUGGCCGAGACCCGAGAUGGAGGUGUGUGUAUGCUGAGGGAGAGGUGAGGGUCGUGGAGGAGGAGGUUGAGGAGGAUGGGCGUGGGGCUUUUGGGGCCGAUGCUCGCAAGCAGAACCGGAAGAUCAAAUCGAAGAUCAUCAAGAGGAUGGUGCCGAAGAAGCUGAGGACCUCGAAGAAAGGCAAGAAGAAAGAGUGCGAGCCUAACCCCGAUGCGUCGAACACGUUGGCUGUCUUCUUGGGAGACUUUGGUACUGCGGCAGCUCGAGAGGGAGAGGGAGAGGGAGAGGCACAGGAAGAGUAUGGCGAGCAGGGCGGAAAUGCAGAUAAAUCUUGCUCGUCGAAGGCUGGAGUUGAAGAAUUUCAACAACGGGCACGGUGUAGUAACAAAGGAGCCGACCGGCUGUUAGCAGCCGAAACGAAUUUGACGUUGGCUACAACUUCGCAGGCUCGCCCUGAAUUAGAAACCGGUGCUGGAAAUGCGAGGAGCGAAAAGAAGCGGAAAUUGGGAUUAGUCGUCGUCCUGCUGGUUGUGCUUGCCGGACUUAUCGGCGGACGGUUUCUGGCCUUUGUGCUUACAUUUGGAUGCGCUAUCACGAUAUCCAUUUGGGCUAGGAGACGAAGCUUUCGUUCAGCAAAGGAUCGAUCUUAACAUUCUGAUCUCAUCUUUGAACUUUGACGAGUUUGAAGGAAGCUUCUUCUGGCUCGUUCUUCAUCUCGAAGAUCAUAUAUGCAUUGGAGACUUCAGGGGUUCGAGAAGCUUAAAUUGUAUUUAGAGAGCUCAAAAGUUAUCGGCCAAUCAAGUUGCCUCAUCUGUAAUUCCAAGUGUAAAUUUUAUACAGAUACAGACUGAAUGAGUAUACCCUGAGGUUGCUGUCUGUUCAUGUAUGAUGCAGCAAGCUUUCUAUCA